AUGUCUUCUCAAGAGAAAAGUUUGCCUUCCUUUGCUUCGAUUAUUUCUGUUUUGGCGAUUGUUCUUUACGGAGCCGGUUUUCUGAGAGUAGAAUUUGAGCUGAACGAACAAAGGAAGAGAAUAUAUGCUCUUGAAAACAUUGAGGAGACUAAGCCGUCCGAUGCUCCAAACAUCAACAAAAUAGUGAGGAAUGCUGGCGGUAAGUUUGUAUUUAAUAUGGUUUAAUAGUUUACAGAAAACACCUCAAACAGAAUUUGCUAUUCUAGUAGUUUUUUCUUUCCUUUUUUUCUUUUUUUUUUUUCUGAAAAGCAAAUAUUGUGAGUCCAGAAAAUUUUCAUAUAGAUAUCUUGUCUUUGCGUGCUCAUCGCGUGGCGUCGAGACAAACGAAACGACGUCCGAAGGUGACCAGGUCAGGGAAAUAGCAUUAAAACAUGUUUUUUUUUUUAAGGAAAGAUUAAAAAAAAAAUCGAUCCUAUAAUGAACUUUGUUUCUCAACAGUAAAUGUUGGCUACUUAGUGAAUUGCCUUGUUGUGCUCCAGCACAGCUGAAAUUGAAAAACGAACACGGAAAUGAUAUUUUUGAUGGGGAGGGGUUUCUUUUGCAGCAGAGCCACAACGUGCUACAGGCGGCUGUAUUGAUCAAGGAAGAAGGACCAAAAACGCGCGUGCGAACUUUCCUUACUUCGCUCUUAUCUAAUCAGAUCCUUGGAAGGACUUUAAUACCCGGGAGAGAUUUUAAACAAUUCUUACGCAACGUUUUGGAGGGUAAACAAGGUGUAUUGACACUAGUGUGGGUAUAUGACACAAUUACUUAGCACUCUAUUUAUCGGAGAAGAACAAACGUUUUUCCUAUUUGACGAACAGGAUGAUUGACCCUGUCAAUCAGGAGGAUAGCGUUUAGUCGUUGUAUUUUCGCUUUGUCAGAUCUUGAAGGCUUAGAUAGUGUAAAUUAUGGAGGGUAAAAAGUGUGAUCAUUGAGGCGGGCAAGAGGGCUACCCUCCCCCCCCCCCCACCCCCCUUUUCCUUGCCUACCAAUAAUCCAAGUUAACUCUAGUAAGUCUCANGGACAGCUGAAAUUGAAAAACGAACACGGAAAUGAUAUUUUUGAUGGGGAGGGGUUUCUUUUGCAGCAGAGCUACAACGUGCUACAGGCGGUUGUAUUGAUCAUGGAAGAAGGACCAAAAACGCGCGUGCGAACUUUCCUUACUUCGUUCUUAUCUAAUCAGAUCCUUGGAACGACUUUAAUGCCCGGGAGAGAUUUUAAACAAUUGUUACACAACGUUUUGGAGGGUAAACAAGGUGUAUUGACACUAGUGUGGGUAUAUGGCACAAUUACUUAGCACUCUAUUUAUCGGAGAAGAACAAACGUUUUUCCUAUUUGACGAACAAGAUGAUUGACCCUGUCAAUCAGGAGGAUAGCGUUUAGUCGUUGUAUUUUCGCUUUGUCAGACCUUGAAGGCUUAGAUAGUGUAAAUUAUGGAGGGUAAAAAGUGUGAUCAUUGAGGCGGGCAAAAGGCUACCCUCCACCCCCUUUUUCCUUGCCUACCAAUAAUCCAAGUUAACUCAAGUAAGUCUCAUAAAAACCAGGUAGACAGGGUCCUCUGACCUGAUUUUUAGCACUUACACGAGAAAUGUUCUUUGUAGAAUCUAAAUAUUUCAAGCUUACUAGGAACAGACGCGUAGCCGAUGCAUUGAAAAACACCACAGGAGCUAGAAACACGAUAGACAUGGAAACGGUUCUGAAAAUCAGCAAACUGUUUUCUGAGUUGAAACCUCAACUCUGUCAUUCAAAUGGCGUCACAUGUCCCCCAGGCCCUCCCGGUCUACCUGGACCAAAGGGAGACAAAGGAUCUCGUGGACGAAGAGGACAGAAAGGACGAACAGGAAACAGAGGAGAUCAAGGCAUUGUGGGAUCGCCUGGAAUGAGCGGAAAGCAAGGCAUCAUGGGACCUGUAGGUCCGAAGGGUGACGUUGGACUCAAGGGACAAAAAGGAGACAUAGGACCUGCAGGCACGCCGGGAGCUAAAGGAGAACCUGGUGAAUCAAUUUCAGCUCCUUUAAUUGCUGUGUCCCCUAAAACGCUGACAGUUAACGAAGGUGGUUCAGCUUCGUUUCAGUGUUCAGUGAGUGGUAACCCUAAACCUGCAAUCAAAUGGAGAAAAUGGAACAGUCAGUCACAAAUAAGCCGGCCAUUGGCUUCAGAAGGAAAGCUGCUUCUUAAGAAUGUCCGAGGAAGUGAUUCGGGUACAUAUAACUGUUCAGCGGUCAACAUUUUAGGACGAGCCCAGGGACUGGUACAGCUGAUAGUAAAUGGUAAAGUAAAUGCCAAGACCUUUAUGAAAUAAAGAAAAGAAUAAAUCAGAGUAAUAAACCAAUUUUGAAGACCCUGCUGUCCUUACAUUUUGCUUGCGAUAAAUUAUUUCAAAACAAAGCAAAACUAAAUAUCAUUGUUACAUUGUUGUUGUGUUCCUCUCAGUGCUAUGUCUUUCUCAUCUCAGUCCGCUGUGUCGUAAAAUCUAGCCUUAAAAUCCUAAAAUCCACUAAUAAAUAAAACCAAAGCAAAACACUCAAAAUAUUCUAUCUGAUCCAGUUCACCCUCGAGUUUCCCUUCAUCCCGGACCUCAUCACGCUAUUGAAGGAAGUAGUUAUACUCUCCCAUCCUGUCACGUGACUGGGUAUCCUGCACCAGUUGUCUCAUGGAGAAAGUCAUCCGGUCCAUUACCCCAGGGAAGAGUGAAGUACAACAACAGUGCAUUACAAAUUCUACAUGUUCGUAAAGAUGACUCUGACCUUUACUACUGUGCGGCAUCAAAUCUGUUGGGACGCGUCGAAAAGAAAACCUUCUUAGUUGUUGUCUCCCCUCCUCGUUUUUCUGUGAAACCACCCGCUAAAGUUGUCGCGUGGGUUGGUGACAGUUUAAAGUUAAACUGCAGCGCUACUGGUGAUCCACAACCAGUCAUCAGCUGGAAGAAACAGGGAGGUCAACUUCCCUUUGGGCGGAGUCAACAGAUUAAUGGCAAUUUGGUGAUAAGAGACAUAUCAAGGAACGAUAGAGGAAAUUACAUUUGUAUAGCAACGAAUGCAGGAGUGUUUAAGGCUGAGACUGGCACCUACGCUGAAGUUAAAGGUGCGAUUUUAUGAAGACAUUUGUAGAAGGCCUAAAUGUAAUAAACGACCCUAAAUGUAAUAAAGUCCUAAAUGCAAUAACUUUUUGCGCUAAAUGUAAUAAACUCUUAAGAGUGAUAACAUUAGGCCUUAUUAAGAGGCCCUGACUGUAAAUAUCGAGAGUCCGCCGACAGUUGCAAAAUUUCAUGAUUUAUUUUAUUCGACCUAAAAGCACUUUUUUGGUAAACUAUUUUCAAAAAUGGAAAUAAAAAGUUCCAUCGCACCUUGCUUUUUGCAAAAUGUAAGCUUCAUGUAAUUUUGUUAUGUUUAAGGCAACAUAAAGACCCGCUGAAAUAACUCACUUUCAAUCUUUUUGGUUGAGGGGAAAUAAAGGUCAACUUUAAAAACCUAUAAAAAUCCUAGUAUCUAAAUUUACGUGUCAUAUUGUACAGCAGGUGAAAGCUCGAACUGUCAUUGCUGGCCCAAAAAAAUUGCAUAAUAAAGCAGGCAGCCGUGACACAGCCCCUUUACUAUGACUUGUUACUUACGUCAUUGAUGUCGUUAAAACAUUUAAGGCCUAAUGUUAUCAGUCUUAAGAGUUUAUUACAUUUAGGGCAAAAAGUAUCUACAUUGAGGACUUUAUUACAUUUAGGGCAAAAUGUCAUUACAUUUAGGCCUUCUACAACAUUUAGAAUAUAAACGUUUUAGAAGAGAGGUAAACGUAAAUUUGAUCCAUUUUUUGCCCUCGGGCUAUAGAGGGGCAGGGCGUGGGGGCAGGGGGAGAGCAACAUACCUUUUUGUUUCAGAGGUAUUUCACUUUAGUAAUUGUUUAUUGUUUGGACAUAUUUAUUCUUUUUUUUUUUUCUGAAAAGCAAAUAUUGUGAGUCCAGAAAAUUUUCAUAUAGAUAUCUUGUCUUUGCGUGCUCAUCGCGUGGCGUCGAGACAAACGAAACCACCGAAGGUGACCAGGUCAGGGAAAUAGCAUUAAAAUGAUUAAAACAUGUUUUUUUUUUUAAGGAAAGAUUAAAAAAAUAAUCGAUCCUAUAAUGAACUUUGUUUCUCAACAGUAAAUGUUGGCUACUUAGUGAAUUGCCUUGUUGUGCUCAAGGACAGCUGAAAUUGAAAAACGAACACGGAAAUGAUAUUUUUGAUGGGGAGGGGUUUCUUUUGCAGCAGAGCUACAACGUGCUACAGGCGGUUGUAUUGAUCAUGGAAGAAGGACCAAAAACGCGCGUGCGAACUUUCCUUACUUCGUUCUUAUCUAAUCAGAUCCUUGGAACGACUUUAAUGCCCGGGAGAGAUUUUAAACAAUUGUUACACAACGUUUUGGAGGGUAAACAAGGUGUAUUGACACUAGUGUGGGUAUAUGGCACAAUUACUUAGCACUCUAUUUAUCGGAGAAGAACAAACGUUUUUCCUAUUUGACGAACAAGAUGAUUGACCCUGUCAAUCAGGAGGAUAGCGUUUAGUCGUUGUAUUUUCGCUUUGUCAGACCUUGAAGGCUUAGAUAGUGUAAAUUAUGGAGGGUAAAAAGUGUGAUCAUUGAGGCGGGCAAAAGGCUACCCUCCACCCCCUUUUUCCUUGCCUACCAAUAAUCCAAGUUAACUCAAGUAAGUCUCAUAAAAACCAGGUAGACAGGGUCCUCUGACCUGAUUUUUAGCACUUACACGAGAAAUGUUCUUUGUAGAAUCUAAAUAUUUCAAGCUUACUAGGAACAGACGCGUAGCCGAUGCAUUGAAAAACACCACAGGAGCUAGAAACACGAUAGACAUGGAAACGGUUCUGAAAAUCAGCAAACUGUUUUCUGAGUUGAAACCUCAACUCUGUCAUUCAAAUGGCGUCACAUGUCCCCCAGGCCCUCCCGGUCUACCUGGACCAAAGGGAGACAAAGGAUCUCGUGGACGAAGAGGACAGAAAGGACGAACAGGAAACAGAGGAGAUCAAGGCAUUGUGGGAUCGCCUGGAAUGAGCGGAAAGCAAGGCAUCAUGGGACCUGUAGGUCCGAAGGGUGACGUUGGACUCAAGGGACAAAAAGGAGACAUAGGACCUGCAGGCACGCCGGGAGCUAAAGGAGAACCUGGUGAAUCAAUUUCAGCUCCUUUAAUUGCUGUGUCCCCUAAAACGCUGACAGUUAACGAAGGUGGUUCAGCUUCGUUUCAGUGUUCAGUGAGUGGUAACCCUAAACCUGCAAUCAAAUGGAGAAAAUGGAACAGUCAGUCACAAAUAAGCCGGCCAUUGGCUUCAGAAGGAAAGCUGCUUCUUAAGAAUGUCCGAGGAAGUGAUUCGGGUACAUAUAACUGUUCAGCGGUCAACAUUUUAGGACGAGCCCAGGGACUGGUACAGCUGAUAGUAAAUGGUAAAGUAAAUGCCAAGACCUUUAUGAAAUAAAGAAAAGAAUAAAUCAGAGUAAUAAACCAAUUUUGAAGACCCUGCUGUCCUUACAUUUUGCUUGCGAUAAAUUAUUUCAAAACAAAGCAAAAUUAAAUAUCAUUGUUAUAUUGUUGUUGUGUUCCUCUCAGUGCUAUGUCUUUCUCAUCUCAGUUCGCUGUGUCGUAAAAUCUAGCCUUAAAAUCCUAAAAUCCACUAAUAAAUAAAACCAAAGCAAAACACUCAAAAUAUUCUAUCUGUUCCAGUUCACCCUCGAGUUUCCCUUCAUCCCGGACCUCAUCACGCUAUUGAAGGAAGUAGUUAUACUCUCCCAUCCUGUCACGUGACUGGGUAUCCUGCACCAGUUGUCUCAUGGAGAAAGUCAUCCGGUCCAUUACCCCAGGGAAGAGUGAAGUACAACAACAGUGCAUUACAAAUUCUACAUGUUCGUAAAGAUGACUCUGACCUUUACCACUGUGCGGCAUCAAAUCUGUUGGGACGCGUUGAAAAGAAAACCUUCUUAGUUGUUGUCUCACCUCCUCGUUUUUCUGUGAAACCACCCGCUAAAGUUGUCGCGUGGGUUGGUGACAGUUUAAAGUUAAACUGCAGCGCUACUGGUGAUCCACAACCAGUCAUCAGCUGGAAGAAACAGGGAGGUCAACUUCCCUUUGGGCGGAGUCAACAGAUUAAUGGCAAUUUGGUGAUAAGAGACAUAUCAAGGAACGAUAGAGGAAAUUACAUUUGUAUAGCAACGAAUGCAGGAGUGUUUAAGGCUGAGACUGGCACCUACGCUGAAGUUAAAGGUGCGAUUUUAUGAAGACAUUUGUAGAAGGCCUAAAUGUAAUAAACGACCCUAAAUGUAAUAAAGUCCUAAAUGCAAUAACUUUUUGCGCUAAAUGUAAUAAACUCUUAAGAGUGAUAACAUUAGGCCUUAUUAAGAGGCCCUGACUGUAAAUAUCGAGAGUCCGCCGACAGUUGCAAAAUUUCAUGAUUUAUUUUAUUCGACCUAAAAGCACUUUUUUGGUAAACUAUUUUCAAAAAUGGAAAUAAAAAGUUCCAUCGCACCUUGCUUUUUGCAAAAUGUAAGCUUCAUGUAAUUUUGUUAUGUUUAAGGCAACAUAAAGACCCGCUGAAAUAACUCACUUUCAAUCUUUUUGGUUGAGGGGAAAUAAAGGUCAACUUUAAAGGCCUAUAAAAAUCCUAGUAUCUAAAUUUACGUGUCAUGUUGUACAGCAGGUGAAAGCUCCAACUGUCGUUGCUGGCCCAAAAAAAUGGCAUAAUAAAGCAGGCAGCCGUGACACAGCCCCUUUACUAUGACUUGUUACUUACGUCAUUGAUGUCGUUAAAACAUUUAAGGCCUGAUGUUAUCAGUCUUAAAAGUUUAUUACAUUUAGGGCAAAAAGUAUCUACAUUGAGGACUUUAUUACAUUUAGGGCAAAAUGUCAUUACAUUUAGGCCUUCUACAACAUUUAGAAUAUAAACGUUUUAGAAGAGAGGUAAACGUAAAUUUGAUCCAUUUUUUGCCCUCGGGCUAUAGAGGGGCAGGGCGUGGGGGCAGGGGGAGAGCAACAUACCUUUUUGUUUCAGAGGUAUUUCACUUUAGUAAUUGUUUAUUGUUUGGACAUAUUUACAGUCAAACCAAGUCAAGCGUACCCCCCAAGAUUCUAUCAGUGAAUUGAUUAUUUGAAAAAUGAAUCCGUUAGUCAUUCCCGUAACUGGUGUCAAAUUCAAAGCGGCAUUUCUGCAUGCGUAAUGAGCAGUGAAUAUUUUACGAGAACUUCUCUGUAUUUGGUCAGAUUGGAAAUCUUUGAAUGGAUUAACUUCUUAGAAGACAUUUACAUCAAUUUCAGGAAAAUGGAGCUGGUAGAAAUUUCAUAACUGCCUCGCGUGUGAAUUCACGGCUCAUUACACAUACAAGAAUGCAGAGAUCAAUCUGAAAUCUACAACUAGCAACGGAUUCAACUUUUGAAUAAUAAAUUCAUUAAUAGAUUCUUGGGGGGUACGCUUGACCUGGUUUGACUGUAAGUUUAAGGAAGCCAGACGAUUGCUAUGGUUACCAGAUAUACGGUUUUAUAUGAAGUGAGGUCAAUUGAUUGUCAGAGUGAGUGUGCGAUUUGUUCGCACUUUUUCCUGCUAAAAAUAGUUUCAGAAUUCUUAGGUGUUCAGAUAUCACACUAAAAUCGCCACUAUGUUUUAAGAUGUUUUAGUUUUCCAACAGCGUCCUAUGCCAUAAUAUGUACAACAACUUGUAGAACUCAUAUUGUGGUUAUUUGCAGAAAUAUCUUAAACAAUAUGUAAUAUGUUAAAAAGUUACUCUAUGUGAAAAUACGGAGUAUAUUUUAGAGUUGGGUGGCUUUUAAUGGAGGACGGCAAGGAAUUGGUGGACUGGGUCUAGAAUAAAGUUCUAAAGCCGUGUAAAUGAACAGUUUUUAUUUUAAGCUUGAUUAAGCACUCCUGCUCUUUUUUGUAGUAACAUAAUUAUCAUAGCGUCUCUUUUGUUUUGUGUUAUCUUUUAAAGAACUUAUCUCGUUAUCCACUAUUCUUGGCGGCCUUGAGGGCAAGUACCUCGUUAAGCUGAGUUCAUAUUUAGACCCAGUCCUUCGGAGUUCAGGUCGCAGCAGGUUUGUGAGGUGUUGGCACGGUAAGACAGAUGGUUGGGCGUCAUCAACAUUCCACAGUAACUGUGAUGGAAAGGGUCCCACUGUAACCAUCGUCCAAGUCGGUAGUUACAUAUUUGGUGGAUACACUGACAAGUCUUGGGGUGGUAUGUAUCAUUUCAGAACACAGCCUUAAUAGCGCAAAGAUGUUAGCGUUUUCAUGUGGACUGGAAAAACGAUUCAAAUUCGCUGGGUGUGGACGCACAUUUUUAUUUUAUUCUUCUUUUUUUUGGAAACACCGAGAUAAAUUUCUCUGCUUUCAAAAAUAUCCGGAUACCGUGUGGACUGGGCCUAAAACCAAAAAAGAGACACAAAAACGCCUUUUAUGUGUGAACGGAAGGCAGAAACGUAGAAAAAAAUAUUAUAUCCGGGUACGUGUGGAUAAAGCCUCCUAAGUAUUUUAAAGCAUAAGUCACAGACACCGCUAGCAUACAAGUAAGCCGCAUGGGCUGUAUUAUUUCGAAUUUUUUCUCCUGGGAUUAUUCUGUUUGUCUCUUAAAAGUUUUCUGACAAACGGUUUGAAAGUAUUGAAAUGCUUUCACACCAAGCAAUUUGUGAAAAGUUGUAAUGUCGAUGUAACAGAUUGUUAUUAAAUGGAUUUAAAUAAAAUAACUAACUAGUUGAGUAAAUGAAUACCAAAGCGAACAUGCCUGAAAUUUCAUUUUUUUUCUACAAGAGUUUACUAGUAGCUUUAUAAUGUACAGGACAGUACUUUUUGAAAACUUGACUUAUUUUAGGUGAGGACUGGUGUAUUACCUCGCUUUGUUAAUCGUUAUAGCAUAUUCUAUCAAAAAGGUUCCAAAGCGAAAAACAUCCAGCUUCGAACACAUAUUUAUAGCUGCCAUUGUCACUCUUGCUACUUAUUAAAAUGUUUUGAAUAAUUUAAAUGAAUGUUUAAAAUAUGUUUUUCCACAGGUUCUUGUCGUUAUGUCUAUUCAAGUAAAUCGUUCCUUUUCUCGCUAUAUAACAUCAAUGGCUACGUUCCUGUUAAGGUGAACAUCAAGUCAAGUCGCUACAGUAAAGCUAUUUACGCAUGUUCUAGAUACGGACCAACCUUUGGUGGAGGACACGACCUGCACAUAUCGGGCAACGCUGCAAGCAAUCGCUAUCCCUACACCAACUGUGGCGGCUCCUACCCCCUCCCCCCUGGGUACUCUGCGUCUCAUUCUUCCUGUAGAUUUUAUGCAGGUGGAUCCAGUAUGCACUUCACUCCCACUGAUGUUGAAGUGUUUUACGAGACAACAACUUAA